AUGAGAAGAUGCCCCAACCACGGGUUAAGCCCGGGGCAACAAAUCCUAACCUUCUACAGGGGAGGUACGCUGGAGGCAAUGCGCGAAUUGAACAUGAGCGUCGGAGGAUCUCUCUUGAAGUUGGGAGAAGCUGAAGCACUUGAGGUGAUUGAGAGAGUGGCUUCAAAUGAUGAGGGAUGGAGAAACGAUAGAAGCAAAUCCUAUAGGGUGGCAUCCACCUCCGAUUUUGAUAGGAUGGAUACAAUAUCCAAGCAGCUGGAAUUCCUAACUGACAAGCUUAGGUAUAUGGGAACAAGGCAGGUUGGGACUGAGAUGCAACAAGGAGUCGAAGAUGUAAACUACGUUUACCAAGGUGGCAAUAGCAGAAAUUUCAAUAAUUACCGCCCCAACCUAGGAGGAGGCAAUUACAACCACUAUGGGAACAAGGUGCAUCCCAACUUGUCCUACGGAAACCCAAAUAAUGCCUUGCAACCACCACCCGGAUUCCAGGUAUCAGAUGGCCAAAUCAUAGAACCGAAGAAUGAUGAGCUGAAAGAUGUGUUAAUGGCUUUUAUGAAACAAACGGGAGAGUGCAUGAAAGACUCCAACAAAAGGCUAGUGCAGGUUGAAGCUAAUGUGAAUGCCUUGAAUAUUCACAUGAAGAGCAUCGAUAACCAGAUGAGCCAGGUUUCACAGGCUGUGGGUAUUCAGCAUCAACCAGGCCAAUUUCCUUCUCAAACGGUUGUAAAUCCUAAAGACUGUAAGGAUUGCAAAGCCAUUAAUCUGAGAAGUGGAAAGAGCUAUGAAGGCCCAACCAUGCCUGCAGAGAAGGAGAAAAUCUCUCAAGAGGAGACAGUGGUAGAAGAGGUGGUGGAAGAAGAAGAACCAGUGGAAGAGGUGCCGCCUCCCAAGGCAAGUACCGUGAUACCUGCACCCCCUGCUGAGGUUAAGAUCCCAUUUCCACAGCGCGUGCAGAAAAAGAAACUAGAUGAUCACUUCUCUAGGUUUCUUGACAUAUUUAGAAAAGUGAACAUCAACAUCCCGUUGGUAGAGGCGUUACAGCAAAUGCCUACAUAUGCAAAGUUUCUAAAAGAUGUGCUCUCCAAGAAGAAGAAGUGGACUGACUAUGAGACGGUGAACAUAUCUGAAAACUGUAGUGCCAUAAUUCAGAAAAAGCUACCGGCCAAGCUUAAAGAUCCUGGGAGUUUCAACAUCUCAUGCGUCAUUGGAAAUGACAGACAGACAAAGGCACUUUGUGAUCUGGGGGCGAGUAUAAAUUUGAUGCCAUUAUCGUUUUUCAGAAAGAUGAAGAUCGGCACUCUCAAGCCGACAACAAUCACGCUACAGAUGGCAGAUAGAACCAUCACCUAUCCCAAAGGAAUUGUUGAGGACGUUCUUGUGAUGGUACACGACUUCAUAUUCCCCGUCGAUUUUGUAGUGUUGGAUAUGGAAGAAGACGUGAAUGUACCGCUUAUCCUGGGGCGCCCAUUCCUUGCAACGUUCCAAGCAUUGAUAGAUGUAGCAAAGGGAGAGCUCACUCUUCAUAUGGGCAACAAACGUCACAUCCUAUCUAUCUACAAUGCUAUGAAGAGUCGUGAGGAAGAAAAACUUGUUAUGAAGAAGGAGUGCAAAGCUGUGCACGUUGUAGAGGUCCAAAAGGCACAAGAAAUUGAGUCCACAUUUGGGGAUUUUUCUUUACCGCAAUGGAUGUUUGCUUCAUGUGUUGGAUCAAUUUCUAAAGAAGAGACUACAUCAAAUCCUAAAGUAAAGGUGAAGAAAACAAAAGCUGAAAAUUCACCCAAAGUGGAAACCAAAAUUUCUGAUGGAACUCUGAAAAAUACUUGGUGGAAGAAGAGAUUGGCUAGAUCAUAUGCUUCCAAUAUUGACAGAAAGUCUAACACCACCAGUUAUGGCGUGACAUGA